UGAAUAAGACGCUUGCUCGUUGGCCGCUCGUCAUAAUUGACUACCUAAAAACGUAAAAUAUGAAAUUUUUAAAAGUUAUUUUGGUGCUGCUGGCGUUAUGUGCAUGCACUUCAGCUAUCACUCGCUUCUCUAGAAGCCAAGAUGAGGAUGACGAUGGAUCAGUGGACGAUGACGUAUCCCAGCCGUUGGGUAUUGCUUCGGUCAAAUCGCGUGCUAUCGCCAUGGAUCGCGGCCUUUGCAGAGAACUGUCGCGCUAUCACCCGCACUACCCACGCUGUCAGGCGUAUUGUGAAAAGCUUAACCACUGGAUGGGAAUGUGCCGACGUGAGAGCUGUCAUUGCUAUUCUUAGGAAAUAAUUAGUGCAAUUAUUUUUGAAUUGCCUUAACCGUUAAAGUUUUGUCCCUUUGACUAGUUGAAAAUUAACUGCAAUAAAUAUUUGAAUAGUGUAAAGUGA